GUCAUUGUGAUGUCAGGCCAUGAGACCAUCCGAGUGUUGGAAGUUGGAGUGGAUGCACCGCUCCCAGCCGAGGAGGAGAGCAAAGGACUGGAGAGUGUGGCUGCUGAUGUCUCCCGGAGUGGAGGCCCUGCUGAAGCUAGUGAACCUGCUGGUGAAGCUGGGCCACGAGACCCAGAUCCUUCCGCAGAAGCAACUGUGAAGUCGCUGCCCGGGAUCCCUCCGAGUCCUGCCCCAGCCAUUGCCACCUUCAGCCAAGCCCCAAGCCAGCCUCAAGCGUCACAGACCCUGACACCGCUGGCCGUACAAGCUGCCCCCCAGGUCUUGACUCAGGAAAACUUAGCCACAGUUCUGACAGGAGUUGUGGUUCCGGCAGGGGCGGUUACUCAACCUCUUCUUAUCCCCAUCAGUAUUGCAGGUCAAGUGUCUGGGCAGCAGGGGCUGGCCGUGUGGACAAUUCCUACAGCAGCCGUGGCUGCCCUCCCUGGACUGGCCGCUGCUUCUCCCACAGGGGCAGUCUUCAAGCCACCUUUAGCUGGGCUCCAAGCAGCUGCCGUGCUGAACACCACCCUCCCGACACCUGUACAAGCUGCCACACCAGUCCAGGCUUCCUCGCCCGCCCAGCCCCGGCCACCAGCUCAGCCCCAGACGCUGUUCCAGACCCAGCCGCUGCUACAGACCACGCCUGCCAUACUCCCACAGCCCACUGCUGCCACUGUCGCUGCUCCCACCCCAAAGCCAGUGGACACCACCCCGCAGAUCACCGUCCAGCCUGCAGGCUUCGCGUUUAGCCCAGGGAUCAUCAGUGCUGCCUCCCUCGGGGGACAGACCCAGAUCCUGGGUUCCCUCACUACCGCUCCAGUCAUUACCAACGCCAUUCCCAGCAUGCCAGGGAUCAGCAGUCAGAUCCUCACCAAUGCUCAGGGACAGGUUAUUGGAGCACUUCCGUGGGUAGUGAACUCGGCUAGUGUGGCCACACCAGCACCAGCCCAGAGCCUGCAGGUUCAAGCUGUGACUCCCCAACUCUUGUUGAAUGCCCAGGGCCAGGUGAUCGCAACCCUAGCCAGCAGCCCCCUGCCUCAACCUAUGGCUGUCCGGAAGCCAAACACACCGGAGUCCCCUGCUAAGAGUGAGAUGCAGCCUAUCCAGCCGACACCAGCUGUACCCCAGCCUGCCGUGGUCAUCACCAGCCCGGCCCCAGGAGUCAAGCCAUCUGCUUCGGCUCCCAUCCCAAUCACCUGCUCCGAGACCCCUACCGUCAGUCAGUUGGUAUCAAAGCCGCACAAUCCAAGUUUGGAUGAGGAUGGGAUCAACUUAGAAGAGAUCCGGGAGUUUGCCAAGAACUUUAAGAUCCGGAGGCUCUCCUUGGGUCUCACACAGACCCAGGUGGGUCAGGCUUUGACUGCAACAGAAGGCCCAGCCUACAGUCAAUCAGCCAUUUGCCGGUUUGAGAAAUUGGACAUCACACCCAAGAGCGCCCAGAAGCUGAAGCCGGUGCUGGAGAAGUGGUUGAAUGAGGCAGAGCUCCGGAACCAGGAAGGGCAGCAGAAUUUGAUGGAGUUUGUGGGUGGUGAGCCCUCCAAGAAACGCAAGCGGCGCACUUCCUUCACGCCGCAGGCCAUAGAGGCUCUCAAUGCCUACUUUGAGAAGAACCCGCUGCCCACUGGCCAGGAGAUCACCGAGAUCGCUAAGGAGCUCAACUAUGACCGUGAGGUGGUUCGAGUCUGGUUCUGUAACCGACGCCAGACACUCAAAAACACCAGCAAGCUGAAUGUCUUUCAGAUCCCUUAGGGCUUCGUCUUGGCCCUUGUUCCAGCACUUUCUACUCUUCCCACAGCAGCCAGCUGUCAUCACUGCAGUGACAGUACCAUGUGCAGCUGUGCUUGCCCUAGGUCAUGAGACCUCCACCUGUGCAUGUGUGUCAAUGCCUGCCUCUUCUGCCCACAUAUGUCACACCCUGGGGAGGCCCAAGGGGCUGCAUGAGAGCCCUAGGCUCUGGGCUGGGCACAUGGAAGGAGGGCAUUUGUGGUGUCUUUUUGAAAAGCACUUUGACAACAUGGUUUCUGAAGGGUGAAUUCUGGUUGGGAACCAGCUGUCUUUGGGGCGGGGCUAUAGGAACUCUUGGGGAGCACUGUGCAUUAGCUCUUGUGUUUGGUGGUACUUUCCACCCCUUCCCCCUAGCUCCUCUGUGGUUGUACCAGUAUGACAACUCACCAAGUGGGACCUCAGCCUCACACUGCCCUCCUUUACAUUUUACACGGGCACAUUGAAACCCUUAAAGGACCAAGGAGAUGAAAUUCAGAAAGGUGUGACUCACUGUCUGCCUUGACCUCGAGGGCAGAAGGUCCCCAAAGCUGUGAGGUCAGAUGCUGUGAGGUCCCUACUGUGGUCCUGGGGGUAGUGGGAUUGCACUAAUGCAGAACCUUUUCCUCUGCAAACCAAGUUGGAAGGGAAGCAACAGCAAACUCCCCCAUCCUGGAGAGUCUUAGGUCUGUUGCAGGUCUGGAACUUAGUAAAUAAGGUCAUCUGUCCAGA